UGAUUCCCCAAUUGCUGAAUGUGUGAGACAGACUCGGACCCUUGGCUUAAUUCGCCGUUCCCUGGGUACGAAUCAUAUGUACAGUAAUCCGCAAUCUGACCCAGCGCAUCCGAACUUUGUGUUAGUUCUGUUGGACAAGACCGACUCGGGAACUUUCUCUCCUUCUCUCUCUCUCUCUCUCCGAGUCUCUUUACGACACCGCCGACUUGUCGAAUUGCUUCUCGCUCUUGUUCUCCAGAGUUGAAUUGAUGUUCCAGACCUAAACACGACCAAACAAUUUCCAUCCCACCAAAGCCGAACCCCCUCUAGAGCGCGCCCCCGUUUGCCCCUCCGGCUCAACACUUCCGAACACUUCAGACCAAACAUGUGCCCGGCACCAACAUCAGAUGCGCAAUCGUCGCAAGCCGACAAUGCGACAACAAGCCAACUACCCUCCUUCUACUCUCCCAAGAGAUCAGAGAACACCAGCGAGCAGUCUCGAGACAAUGGCGACGUCGAAUCCGUAGACCUCUCUACCUCGGCUCAACCGACCACAGCCCCCGCCAUCACCCUCGACACCAGCGACAACCUCUCGACACACUCGUCGGUGCCCUCGACCCCCCUCUCCCAACCACCACCGCCUUCCCUCCUCUCGCCCUCCUUCACGCCUCCCCAGACCCCCGGCACAGCAACCCCCUCCACCUCCAUAACCUCCCUCUCCCUGUCCGAGCCGCGCGGCAUCCCCGUCGACAGCUCCAUUCCUACAGGAGGAUGUGGUACCAAGAAGCCCAAGCUCCUCGAAUCUCUGCCGCACGUAGAGUGCAUAGUGCGGGCGCGCAUUCCGACCACCAACGGGGCCGAGAUGUUCCUGCACUUGUACACCAACGACGUGGACAACAAGGAGCACCUGGCGAUUGUGUUUGGGAACAACAUUCGGAGUGAAAGUUUGGACCGAGUGCGGGAGGGCGAGACGGAGAUGGACAGGUUGGUCAGGGGUGCUUAUACGGGUCGGUUGUAUCCCGGUAGGACGACGAGUCGGGAACCGGGUGUUGGAGAGACGAAGAAAAAAGAUCAGGAAGAGAAGGCGGAGGAGAAGAAGCAGGUGCCAUUGGUCAGGAUACACUCGGAAUGCUACACGGGCGAGACCGUCUGGUCUGCGCGCUGUGACUGUGGUGAGCAGUUGGAUGAGGCGGCGCGCUUGAUGUCGUUGCCAUCUAACACCGCUGGUGGAAUCAUUAUCUAUCUACGCCAAGAAGGCCGAGGUAUUGGGUUGGGCGAAAAGUUGAAGGCCUAUAACUUGCAAGAUCUGGGGUCGGAUACCGUCGAGGCCAAUUUGCUGUUGCGCCACCCUGCGGAUGCGAGAAGCUAUGGUUUGGCGACUGCCAUGUUGCGGGACCUGGGGCAAAAGGAGAUCAGACUGUUGACGAACAACCCCGACAAGAUCAGGGCGGUGGAGGGCCCGAAUCGGGAGAUUGUGGUGACGGAACGGGUGGCCAUGGUGCCGUUGAGUUGGAAGGGCAAGGGAGGGUUCAGGGCGCCCGAGGUGGAGGGGUAUUUGAAGACCAAGAUUGAAAAGAUGGGACACAUGUUGGAUAUGGGAGCGCUCCCUCAGUGAUACAUUUGACACAAACACGAACGAACACAUUAGACAGUUCUUGCUACAUGGCGACAUCUAUUCUGCAUAUAAUCUCGUGUAUACCGAGCAUGUCUCUCUGGCGGCACAAAAAUCGAGGCGUUUCGGGGGGUUCUUUCAUUCUGUUGAUUAGAUAUCUGUUUAGAACAAUCUUUUACAGACGGUUAUGGUCACACCGUGGAUUGCCAUCUUGCAAGUUCUGGACUGAUCCUACCAGUAUCCAAUGCUCAAGCUCCC